AGAUAGUGAACUUAAUAUUAAUCAGUGGUUGAAGCUCUGCUCUUUGCUAUCUGUUUCAAUCCAUUGUUCGCUUUCCUUUCUGUUUACUUUUGUUCUGAAACUGCUUAUUUCCUUUUAUUUUCUUUUUCUUCCUUCUGGUGUUCUUGACAAAUCUCCAACGAAGAAGAAGAAGAAGAAAGAAGCUCUCGUGCUUUAGGCUAUAGGGUACUGCAUGGUGCAAAGGUUGCAGAUAACACACGAGAUCAGCAAAAAUGGCAUGUCUUCUUGCAUGGGCUCAGGGCACUUUUCUCUCCAUUGCUGCCAAUUAUGUGCAAAAAGGAGUGGAAGCAGCCAUAAAUCAGUUUCGCUACAUGUGCUGUUUGAAGAAGUUUCAGGAAGAACUCAAUCAAGAAGAGCAUGCACUGAAUGUGGUACAAAAGGAGGUGCACAGAAUAGUUGAGAAAGAGGGAAAGAGUACUAAGGUGCCAGAUGAACCUGUAGAAGACUGGAUAAACAGAACGGAAAAGACCUUGGAGGAUGUUCAUCUUCUGCAAAAUGCAAUUCAGGAAGAUAAGAAGUGCUUGAGUAAUUGUUGUCCUAAUUGGUUUUGGCGAUAUGACAGUAGUAAGGAAGCUGAAGGCUUGACUGAAACUCUUAGAAAUCUCAAGCAAGAGCGCAGCCAAUUCCAGAAACUAACACAUGAAGCUGAACUCCCUAACAUUGAAUUCGUUCGAUCCAAGGGUCUGGUGCUCUCUAAAGCUUCAGAAGCAGCUCUAGCUGACAUUAUGACAGCACUAGAGAGUGAUGGUGUCAAUAUGAUUGGAUUGCACGGUAUGCCAGGAGUGGGUAAAACCACCUUGACGAUACAAGUAAAGGACGAAGCAGAGAGUCGAAGGCUUUUCGAUGAGUUCGUGAAGGUCACUGUGACAGAAAAACCAAACCUGACUGCCAUCCAAGAUCGAAUUGCAGAGCAGCUGCAACUGAAGUUUGAUGAGAAGAGUAGCAUAAAAGAGAGAGCAAGCAAAUUAAUGUUGCGACUGCGUGAUGAGAGGAAGAAGCUUUUAGUGUUGGAUGAUGUAUGGGGAGAGCUCAAUCUGAAUGAAAUUGGGAUCCCACCUGCUGACGAUCUCAAGCAUUUCAAGAUUCUGAUAACGACACGUAGGAUACCUGUUUGUGAAUCUAUGAACUGUCAACUGAAGAUUCUGCUGGAUACUUUAACCGAAGCUGAAGCGUGGGCUCUGUUUAAAAUGGCUGCCCGUUUAGAGGAUGACUCUGCCUUGACUGAUGUGGCAAAGAUGGUGGCAAAAGAAUGUGGCCGACUCCCUGUAGCACUUGUGUCAGUAGGAAAGGCUCUUCGAGGUAAACCUCCUCAUGGAUGGGAACGAGCGUUGAGAAAGAUUCAGGAGGGUGAGCAUCAAGAAAUUCGGGAUUUGAGCAGAGAAGAAAAUGCAUAUAAAAGUCUGAAGUUCAGCUUUGAUGAAUUGGAACGAGAGGAAACCAAGAGAUGUUUGCUUUUAUGCUCUUUGUUCCCCGAGGAUUAUGAAAUUUCUGCUGAGGACCUGGCUAGAUAUGUACACGGGUUAGGGCUUUAUCAACGCACUGGGUCAUUUAAAGAUACAAUGAGCGAUGUUCUUGAUGCACUCGACGAGCUCAAAGAUUCCCAUUUGCUGUUGGAAGCUGAGAGUAAAGGAAAGGCGAAGAUGCAUGACUUGGUUCGUGAUAUUGUCCUACUGAUUGGGAAAAGUUAUUCGGUGGUCACUAGUUCCAAAACAGAGAAGGAAUUCAUGGUAACUGGUGGGAUUGGGUUUCAGGAGUGGCCAACAGAUGAAAGCUUCAGAGAUUUUGCAGCUCUUUCCUUGUUGGACAAUGAGAUGGGGCAACUUCCAGAUCAGUUGGAUUAUCCGAGGUUGGAAAUGUUAUUAUUGUCAAGAAGGACAAGUAUUUCAGAAGGGUACGUUCAAAGAGAUUUCACCAAUGUUAUGGAUAAAUCUUUUGAAGGAAUGGAAAAACUUCAGGUUUUAUCUAUAACCCGUGGGAUCUUAUCAAUGCAGUCACUAGAAAUCUUACAGAACCUUCGGACGCUAGAGCUGAGAUAUUGCAAGUUCAGUUCAGAGAGAAAUGCCACUGCCACUGCCAAGCUUGCUUCAUUGAGCAAUCUGAAGAGACUUGAGAUCCUUAGUUUUUAUGGUUCUGAUAUUAGCGAAUUGCCUGAUGAGAUGGGAGAAUUGAAGAACUUGAAACUCUUGAAUUUAGCAAAUUGUUAUGGUCUAGACAGAAUCCCUCCAAAUAUGAUUCGGAAAUUGUCAAAGCUUGAAGAAUUACACAUUGGUACCUUUAUAGAUUGGGAGUACGAAGGAAACGCUAGCCCAAUGGACAUCCACAGGAAUUCGCUGCCUCACUUGGCCAUUCUGUCAGUGAAUAUUCAUAAAAUUCCAAAAGGUUUUGCUCUCUCUAACUUGGUCGGGUAUCAUAUUCACAUUUGUGAUUGCGAAUACCCCACAUUCCUGUCGAACCUCAGACAUCCAGCAUCAAGAACCAUUUGCUUGCUUCCCAAUGAAGGCUCUGUUAAUGCAGUUCAGGAGUUGUUUAAGAAUGUGUAUGAUCUUCGUCUGGAAUGCAACAACACAUGUUUCCAAAACCUGAUGCCAGACAUGUCUCAGACGGGCUUUCAGGAAGUUUCUCGCCUUGAUGUUUAUGGUUGUACGAUGGAAUGCCUCAUUAGUACUUCAAAGAAGAAAGAAUUAGCAAAUAAUGCAUUCUCGAAUUUGGUGGAGCUAGAAAUCGGCAUGACAACCCUCAGCGAAAUCUGUCAAGGUUCGCCGCCAGAGGGAUUCUUACAGAAAUUGCAAAUAUUGAAAAUUUCUAGCUGUGACCAAAUGGUAACCAUAUUUCCUGCGAAGUUAUUGCGAGGAAUGCAGAAAUUGGAAAGGGUGGAGAUUGAUGAUUGUGAAGUUCUGGCACAGGUAUUCGAACUGGAUGGGCUUGACGAGACAAAUAAGGAAUGCCUUUCAUACCUAAAAAGACUGGAGCUGUAUAACUUAGACGCAUUGGUGUGUAUAUGGAAAGGGCCAACUGAUAAUGUAAACCUCACAAGUCUCACUCAUUUAACCAUAUGCUACUGCGGGAGCCUGGCAUCUCUCUUCUCAGUGUCCCUUGCUCAAAGUUUGGUGCACCUGGAAAAACUCGAAGUAAAAGAUUGUGAUCAACUUGAGUACGUCAUUGCAGAAAAAAAGGGGACUGAAACAUUUUCAAAAGCUCAUCCUCAACAACGACACUGUCUGCAAAAUUUAAAGUCGGUUAUAAUAGAAGGUUGUAAUAAGAUGAAAUACGUCUUCCCAGUCGCUCAGGGUCUUCCAAAUCUGACAGAGCUUCACAUAAAAGCAUCCGAUAAAUUAUUGGCUAUGUUCGGGACUGAAAAUCAAGUAGACAUCAGUAACGUGGAAGAGAUUGUGUUCCCCAAGCUAUUGAACUUGUUCCUAGAAGAAUUACCAAGCCUCCUCACAUUUUGUCCAACGGGUUAUCAUUACAUAUUUCCAUCUCUGCAAGAGCUAAGAGUGAAAUCAUGUCCAGAGAUGACAACGAGCUUCACUGCUGCACAAGAUGCCAUUGUUUAUGCCAAACCUGAGGCACCACCGCUGAGGCAAGAUACAACAAUAGAGUCUGCAGCAACCCAAGUUAUAGUUGCCCCAAGGUCUGCAGAUAGCUUAGACUGGUAUCGCUCUGAAGGCAAAUGGAUUACAGAAGAAGAAGCCAAGAAAGAAGAAGAGGAAGAAGAAGAAGAAGAGGAGGAGAAAAGAACUUGAGAAGGAAAUGGAUUAGACAAGACCUCCAGGGUACGUGGCAUUAGUUUGUGUAAAUUCCUGAAGCAUCUUUGUUCGGUAGUUUACUCCAGAUGUUCAAACGCAUGUGUUAAGUUUGUUUAAGAAAAUGAAGAAGCAAAUAAUAAAGUUGGAUAAGAAAAGAUUGCCGAAAAAA